AUGAACCCAGUCAUUGAUAUCCCAGUAUCAUCGUUACCAGAAUCAAUUCAAUUAACUACUACUACAACUUUUGUACAGCCUCAAUCUUCUCCUAUUCCACCUACUCCGGCUACUCCUACAGCAUCAUCAUCAUCAACGGCAUCAAUAAGCUGUAACAAUACUAAUACCAUGGCUACAGCAGCCAUUCCCAUAAAUAAUACCCCAGGGUCAAAUAAUCAACAUUACACUGCCUUCUCAUCUGGUGACACAAAUUGUAAUUCAAAUAACAUACAAGCUUUACCUUCCACACAAUCUACAAGUGAUCGUUUCAAUAACCCUACUAUUAAUAAUACUCCACGAACUCAUAGUACUAAUGCUGACGAUUCAAAUAUUGAAGUAGUUGCUCCAUUACCAGUAGUCAAACCUAGUGCAGCAGAAGUUUUGCAACAAAGGCUAAGAUUAAAAGAAGAAAAAUUGAAUGAAAUUAAAAAUCAAUGUUCAUUAUUAAUAAGUGAAUUGGAUUCAAAUCAAGAUCCAGUAGCCAUUGUUAAGAAACAUAUCUCCCAAUUAAAGAAAUAUAAUGAAUUAAAAGAUAUUGCUCUUGAUUUGGUUAGAUUAAUUGCCGAGCAACGACAUGUAAAGACUAGUGAUAUUUUUAAUGAAAUGGAAGUCGAUGUUAAAGAUGAUUGA